GCAUUGCCAAUGGAUGAACUGGUGCAUGACUUGGCCUCAGCCUUAGAGCAGACUUCGGAACAAAACAAGCUAGAUGAGCUAUGGGAAGAGAUGGCCCUAAGCCCGCGGCAGCAGCGGCGUCAGCUUCGCAAGAGACGGGGUCGUAAACGACGAUCAGACUUCACACAUCAGGCAGAGCAUGCCUGCUGCUACAGUGAGGCCUCAGAGUCAAGCUUGGACGAAGCUGUCAAGGAUUGCCGUGAGGUGCUGACAGCCAAUUUCAGUGAUUCUGAUGACACGGCAGUGGUCAAACGACACCCAGCUCUUAGUGCCACCCUGAGGAGCAAGCAACACUCGUGGCAUGAGUCAGACUCCUUUACAGAGAAUGCGCCCUGUCGACCUCUCAGGCGCAGACGGAAAGUCAAACGUGUGACAUCAGAGGUGGCUGCCAGUCUCCAGCAAAAGCUCAGGGUGUCAGAGUGGAACUAUGAGAGGGGCUGCAGGUUCAAGUCAGCCAAGAAACAGCGUCUUUCUCGCUGGAAGGAAAAUGCCCCUUGGACAUCAUCCAGUCAUGGCCUUUGUGAACCAGGAGACAACAGGCCCUUCCUCAGCAAAGGGGGAAGGAAGGAGCGGAUGGAGUGUGAAGCUGAUGAACAGAAACAGGGCUCAGAUGAAAAUAUGUCGGAAUGUGAAACCAGCAGUGUAUGCAGCAGCAGUGAUACUGGCCUGUUUACCAAUGAUGAGGGCCGCCAAGGAGAUGAUGAGCAAAGUGAUUGGUUUUAUGAAGGAGAGUGUGUUCCAGGAUUCACUGUCCCCAGCCUUCUUCCCAAGUGGGGAGCUGACCAUCGAUCUGAAGUGGAGCGGAUUGACUCAGGCCUGGACAAGCUCUCAGAUUCCACAUUCCUUUUGCCCUCGCGACCAGCUCAGAGAGGAUUUCAUGCUCGCCUGAAUCGCCUUCCAGGAGCUGCUGCCCGUUGUCUCCGAAAAGGUCGGAGGAGGCUUGUUGGCAAGGAGACGUCUGUGAGCACUCCGGGCACCGAGAGGCUAGGUCAUAUUGUUAGUGGUCCGCGCCAGAAAGAAAAGAACAAAGUGCCGGCUUCUGAUUUCCCACACACUGUGGCCUGUGCACAUGAGUUCAAUCCAUUAUCUCCUCUGUACUCUCUGGAUGUGCUUGCUGAUGCUUCCCACCGAAGAUGCUCACCAGCACACUGCACUGCCAGGCAAGCAAAUGUACACCUGGGACCACCAUGCUCAAGGGACAUCAAGAGGAAACGGAAGCCAGCUGCAGCCUCCGUGUCCAGCCCAACAUCAGCAACUUUAUCUGUUCACAUGGAUGCAGCAGAGUCAGAGCUACCAGCAACACCAUCCCCGAGAUCCCAGAACUCUGAGUGGACAGGGAAAACACCAGCAACUGAGAAAGCCACUACUGCUGCCUCCAGUAACUUUUUUAAAAUGCCACCAGAGAAGAGCCCUGGAUACAGCUAA